UAUGUCUGUUACCUUAGAGACAUUGACCAGGAAGAUUCAUAUCUUGUUUAUAUUCACGUCAUUCUACAAGGACUUUUGAUAUAUAUAAGGCUGAUCAGGUAUCAUCUCCACUCAAAGCAUGAGCAAAAACAAUUGGACGGGUUUUGUAGUUUGUGUUCUCUUCAGUGGGCUAAUUCAUGUACAAGCACAACCAGAACCUUCAAAUGCUUGUCCUCCAUAUUGGAUUCAUCAUGGUCUGAGCUGCUACUCAUUCAUUACCGGACUGUUGUCGGACUGGAUGGAAGCAGUGACCUUUUGUCGCGACGUUGAUGCACAAAUUGUUGAGAUCCAGACGAACGAAGAGAACAAUUUCUUGAAAAACUAUCUUCUUCAUAAUCAUAAAAAUGCUGAUUUUUGGGUUGGGGCAACUGACGCUUUCGAAGAAGGACAUUGGCUUUGGAUUAGUAGUCAGCAACCUGUAAAGUUUACUGACUGGGCACCAAACGAACCGUACCAAGGAGUUGGCUUUGAAUGUAUGACCUUGACCGCUCGUCACGGUUUCCGUUGGAAUGACGAAAACUGUAACCAUAAGUGGGGAUUUAUCUGUAAGAAAGAGGCAGAAAAUGGAGGACCUAUAAUUAUUGGUUGAGCUGGAUGGAUUGAAUGUACUUCAAAAUAUUGUAGUUAUGAGGAAUAACAGAUUAAAAAUUUUAAACUUC